UUUUUGUCAUUUGUCAUUAGUAACAUAACCUAUAAAAUUAUUUGGAGUAUUUUCAUUUAGUGAAAAUGUUGAGUAGAGUAUUUUUUAAUACAAGUCGUAUUUUACGAGCAGCUACGAGUAAAGUACUAUCACCGGCGAAAAAUGUAGUUUGUCUAAAACCCACUGCUCAUAAUUUUUCAAGCACAUUAGUGGGAAAUGUUACAACCUAUAAACCAAUUCUCUGUUCAAAUCCUCUUGUUAAAGCACUGGCAAUCAAUAUUACUCCUGUUAGAACAGUAACCAAAUACUCUUACAGAAAAGGAAAGAGAAAGUCUGUGAAAGCUGUUUUGCGAAGAUUUUAUCGCUUAGACUGGGGAGGCUGGAUCCGUACCAAAUGUGGAAGACAUAAACGUCUGUGGAGAAAGAGUCCGCCAAGAAAGAGAAGAUUGAGGCAACAUGUAUUCUGUAACGCCACACAAAGCUAUUUACUCGAUAAAAUGGUAGGAAGCUAUUGGCGUAAACCGAAAUAUUAUGUAGAUGAUCCUUACGAGCCUUACCAUACGAGAGAUGAAUUUUCUAUUACAUCAGUGAAGCCACGACCUUAUUUUCCCCCCGAAAAGCAAAAUUAGCGUGAAAUGUACUUUUGAAAGUUAAAUAAUGAAUUUACUCCAUACUGUUGUUUCAGUUUCACAAUUCUAGACUAACUUUGACGAUUUGAAUGCCCUAUUAAGAUAGCUCAAGGGAAUUGAGGUUGUGUUGGAUAAAGUAGAUAGCUCCUCAUUAUACUUUUAUGUGUUAUAUAAUACAGUACAAAAGAUAUUUA